AUGCAUGAGCUCUUCCUCACCGCUGCCCUCAAAGAUGGCGACAUAGAAAAGGCAUGUGCCGUGCUUCAAGGGCUGUGCUGGAUGUCUGCGCGGCAUAAUGUCUACCACCUCGGCUUCUACGCUGGCCCACCAAAAGCAAGGGGCCUUCCCAACGUCAAGUCCCUACCACCGAACCGUUACUCUGCGCAGUGGCAUGAACUCAGCAGGGAGCUGACUCGAUCCUCUUAUGUAUUCCAUUUGGUACAUGAAGUACUCAAGGAUAGAGAUUUUGGCACGGGCAAUGCGAUGAUAUGGGACAAUAUGCCCGGCACGCUGCGUUGGGCAGGCUUCCCGGACCCAGAACGAGAGAAAGAUCAGGUGAUCACGUACAGAAAGAAAAUCGACAUUCCCGACCAGAAAGGCCUAUUAACAAUCAUGGCCGGCAAUGGCCAAGGAUACAAGACAGAGCUCAUACAGGAGACCUAUUCCUUCAUCAGAGACAACAUGGAGUUCAUAUUCAGUAGGUAUUACCACUUGCCACCGUCGCCUGAGCAGUCCGGGCCCUCGACGAGUCUGCCGGCGUGGUCAGACCUCAAGCCUGUAGAUCCAGCGAGGAAGUGGACCUUCAGUGUGAAAAGGGAUGUCUUGGAGGACGGCCAACCUGAGAAGAUGAAGCAAGCAAGUAAAGGGAUCGCGGAAGUUAGAGCAGAACUCGACUCGAUGUUCAGUUUCAAAGCGAUAGACAGACGCAUUUUUGAUACGCGCAUCGCGGCACCGCAGGUGAUGCCUGGGCAGCAGCCUUAA